CUUUUGCUUUAUCAAAGCAACUUUCAUUCAAACAAAAAUAAACAUUUUAAAAACCUCACGACGUCGUUUUUACCAUUUAUAUGUUACCACCCCAGAUGCUUUUUUUCGACUUUGAUCAAAUGAAGCAAUGGUACCAGAUAACGGGCCCCGAUGUGAUUCCAAUUCCCUCCAAACUUUCUCUUUUCUUGGAACAAUCAACACUCACUUUUCACCCACUCACUCUCAAUUCCACACAAGAACAACAGCUUUUUUGUUUUAUUUCUUUGUUUUUUCCAUAAUAAUAAACCCCACGAGAAAAAGAUUCAAUCUUGUUUCACUUUUUUAUUUAUUUAUUGUAGUCUUUUGUUGAUUACAAUGGGUUUUCAACCAGUCUUCCAUCUGGGUUUCUUGUAAUUUGUUUAUUUUCACUUGGGUUUUGGUUAAUUUGAAGUGGGUCUGUUGGUAAAAAUUAAAAAAAAAAAUAAAAAAAGAUUCAAUCUUGUUUCACAUUUUGUUGAUUACAAUGGGUUUUCAAGCAAUCUUCCAUCUGGGUUUCUUGUAAUUUGUUUGGUUUCACUUGGGUUUUGGUUAAUUUGAAGUGGGUCUGUUGGUAAAAAAAAAAAGAUUCAGUCUUGUUUCAUAUAUUUUGUUUAUUGCAGUCUUUUGUUGGUUGCAUUGGGUUUUCAACCAGUCUUUCAUCUGGGUUUCUUGAAUUCUUGUAAGUUUAGGUAAAUUUAAAGUGGGUCUGUUUGUAAAAUUAAAAAAAAAAAGAUUUUGGUUGGAAAAAAUGGAGGAAAACCGAAAAAGGUUCAGUCUUUUGUUGAUUACAUUGAGUUUUCAACCAGUUUUCCAUGUGGGUUUCUUGUAAUUUGUUUAAUCUCAGUUGGGUUUUGGUGAAUUCGAAGUGGGUCUUUUUGUAUUAAAAAAAAAAAAGAAAAAAGAUUUUGGUUGGAGAAAAUGGAGGAAGAAGGUUCAGCAGUGAGGUUAGUUCGUUGUCCUAAAUGUGAGAAUCUGCUUCCUGAGCUUCCUGAGUACUCUGUUUACCAGUGUGGAGGUUGUGGUGCUGUUCUUAGAGGAAAACAAUCCACUCCAGCCAGUGAAAAAACACAAUUAGAUAGCGAGAAUGGUACAAGGGUAGAACCGUCCACGAAAAUAAAGGUUAGUUUAGAGUCUAGUUCUCUAGCCGAGAGAGAAACUGACGAAUUCGAGGUUGGUAGCAGGCAGGGUAGAAUCGUCCACGAAAAAGUUCCAAACGUAACCCCUAAUUCCUCUGCAAGAAAAGAGAAACGUGGGAUCGUAACGGAUUCUGAUCAAAGUAGGAGAAGAAGACUCGACUACAAAUACGGCAUGUCAAGUGAGUCUCAAGAACUUAGACAACCGUUUGGGCCUAUUAGAUCGCGGCCCGUUGGAUUUCAUAGGAAUGCUAGUACAGUCGAAAAGGGUAGAUUUGGUAAUUUACCAUAUUCAAACGAAGCCCCUUCGAGUUCUCACUCAAGUAGUUUUAACAGUUUCGGUGACCACAUUACUAACCAUGGUAGCGGUUUACAUGAACUCUCACGGGUUCAAGACUUAGAGAACGAUAGAGCCGAACUUCUUAAGAAACUCGAUGAUUUACGCACCCAACUUAGCAGAUCAUGCAAUGUAGCCGAAAACCCAAACGGAAGGUUAAACGGUCCGUAUCCUUGGACACGUCAGCCUCCACCACCGCCACAUCAGCCGCCACAUCAUCAUUACCUACCUCCAACAUACCAUGACCCGUUUCUCGGUUACAGUCAACACGACACGCUUCUUCACCGCCCCUCGUGUUCUUGUUCACAAUGUUACAACAUGAAUUGGCAGCCGAUUCCUCCAAAGAUCCGUCCUUUUUCGUCUUUUACCGGCCGAGAAACCAGCUACCAGUUACCCGAACCUCUAAGUUACGGUCCAUGUCAGCUGCCACGUCACCAUACAGGUUCUUUUGAUUUCGGAAACGAUGGUUUUGGUGCACGAUAUCCGAGAAGACGGAUUAUUCUAAGUCAUGGCGGCGAACGCGUAUCUCGGCCUGUAUCAGGUGGGGCCCCGUUUAUAAGCUGCUGUAACUGCUUCGAGUUGCUGAAAAUUCCGAAAAAGGUUACACUGGUGGAAAAGAAUAAUCACGCAACGAUAAAAUGCGCAGUUUGUUCCGCUUUAAUAUCGUUGAGACUCGAGGAUAACAAAAUCGUUGCUUCGGCUGUCUCGCCUAUCACACAACAAAAAGUCAACAAAAGAAAGUCAAACAUAAGCUCUCAGAACUCGCUUGAUUACGAUAAAUGCGAUUAUAAUUUUCAGUUGACAGAUACCGAACCGAAUGUAUCAACCAGUGGAGCUGAAAAGAGCGAAGAUCAAAGCCCUGAUAGCGUAAUCCAUAACCCAUCGUCUCCCGUUCCAGUUUUAGAAAGUCGAAACGAUGAGUUGACCAAAAGUCAAAGAGCCCAUCAGGAAAAAGUGAGUGUUGAUCACAAGAAGUCUUUAAAAGAUGCAUUGGUUGCAACUGAGAUAGACGUGCCUUUAACCGAGUAUUUAAAUUGUGAUGUUGUUAGUAAAGACGACGAUCAGUUAAAGAAUAGGAGAGUGGGGAACGAAUCGUUUUUUGGCGGUCUGAUAAAAAAGAGACUUAAAGAUUUUUCGAGAUCGAGUAGCGGUGUAGAAAAGGGACGAUCGGAUGUUUCCGUUAAUGGUAAAGUUCUAACCGAUCGUGCGGUUAAAAAGGCUGAGAAGUUAGCAGGGCCUAUUCAUCCUGGAGACUACUGGUAUGAUUCGUUAGCUGGUUUCUGGGGUGUGAUGAACCAGCCGUGCCUUGGCAUUAUCCCGCCAUUUAUAGAGGAAUUUGACCAUCCAAUGCCGAAAUCAUGUGCUGCUGGAAACACUCGAGUUUUUGUUAACGGUAGAGAACUUAACCAAAAAGAUUUAGAUCUUCUCGCUGGCAGAGGUCUACCAACAACAAAAGAUAGAUCUUAUAUCAUUGACAUUUCCGGAAAAGUUGUGGAUGAAGACACGGGGGAAGAACUAGAUGCUCUCGGCAAGCUCGCUCCAACGGUUGAAAGAGUAAAGCAUGGAUUUGGCAUGAAAGUCCCAAAAGUUGUUGCUAAAUGAAUCAAGUUCUUGGUGUUGAUGCGGUUUUCGGUUUCUUCGCAAGUAUAUGGAGGUACAAGUGAACAAAUGUUAGUAUGUAUGGUUACUAUUUUUAUGAUAUAAACUUAUGAUAUAUAUUUUACAUAAAUGUUUAUGUCUUGGGCAUGUUGUCAUGUCUUUGUUUCUUUUAGAUCCAUAAAUUGAAAAGAGUAAAUUAUGUUUUUGGCC